AGUUGGUUUUUUUUUUCUUCCAGUAAAGAACUGUUAUUCCCGUUCCCAUAUCUUUGCCUGAGAGCCCCUUUUUAAUUCUGAAGUUGUGAUAAUUCGGAGGGAGGGGGUUUACCUUCUCCAUUUCACAGGAGGCUUUUGCCUUCCUUCACAGGCUCCUGUCUUUUCAAACCAAGACAGAUUUUGGCGCCCAACGUGGGGCAUGAGGGCAUUGAGGAAAAAAAAAGGGGAUUAACAGUUCUUAGGUAGCUUAAUUUGUAAGUACCACCAUGUGGUCCAGUUUUCCCUGGUUUGGGUGGCAUGUGGUCGCAAGUGUAUACUUCCCAUUUACAGGCCCUUAUCUAAAUAUGGGUCCUAUAACUAAGGCCACUGUGUCUGUUAUCAAGUUUGUCCUCUGGGUGAAGGAUUCAUGGAUCUUUAAUUUCCUCUGGAUGGCAGGUACACGGAUUCAGAGCUAUCACACACUAACUGCAUGUUUUUGGAGUUACUUUAAUAAUGGUACCUACUGUGAGGAAAUGACACGGGGGGAAACUUUCUCCCAACCUUUUAACCAUCUUUUUGGGUCUGCUCCACCAGUUUUCGAAGGGUUAAGAUCCACUUUAAGUGCUAAUGAUAUCAUACAAUGGGUGGUGUUGCUGAUAUGCCUGUUAUGUUUAGCACUCAGAGAUAAGAGAGGAUUAACCUGGAUAACUACCCUGACACCUACACCAGAGACUAGGGGUGCUGCUGCAGAGCCUGACACUACCCCAGAGACUGGAGAUGCUGCUGCUCCAGAGCCUGCCCCUGCCCCACAGCCUACCUCAGAAACGAACCACCCAGAUUGGGUGAGGGUGCUGGUUAAGGAGAUGCAGGAGAUGCAAAAGAUGCUGAAGGAGUGCAUUUCACCAGCUGGUUCCAACUGAACCACAAAGGCAGUCACAGCCAGCAGCAGUUGCCCCGGUAGAAACAAGGAGGUCUAAGAUGAAAGCAGAGCACCCAGAUAGAGAUAGGAAUGGAGGAACCUCACAACCCACAGGGGAGCCAGAAGUUGCGAUCAUCACCGAGUCCCUGACGUACGAAAGUCUCCGUAAUCUGCACAAAGACAUUGUGCGACGAGGGCGUGAGGCUUAUACUACCUGGCUACUCCGGGUCUGGGACCUUAUGGGUACAGGCGUGCAGCUGGACGGUGGUGAGGCAAGGAACUUGGGACCCUUAACCCAGGACUCAGGUAUGAAUCAGAUUUUUGUAAGGGAGCCAGGAUCCCUUUCUCUCUGGGAGUGGCUUUUAAUGAGUGUCAGAGAGAGGUUUGUCCACAGGGAGAGAAUGCAGGAGCACCACCAUAGAAUGCGUUGGAAGACCCUGGAGGAAGGGAUCCAACAGUUAAGGGAAGUGGCAGUAUUAGAGGUACUCUUUGGGAGGGAUGGACAACAUAAUAAUGACCCCGACAAGGUCAGGUGCACAGGGCAAAUGCUGUGGAGUCUGGCAAAUCUGGGGCCAUCUCAGUACACCACUUUCAUUGCAACAAUUGAUGCUGACACUAACCGAGAGACAGUGGGCUCUGUUGCCAACAAACUUAGGAAUUAUGAGAGUAUGAUUAAUGGCCCAAUGGAGGCUCAUAUCUCAGCUGUGAUUAAGGAGUUCAAAGAAGAGAUGAGGGAGGAAAUGAGGAAGGUUAAUGCAGCACCCGUACGAGUCACAGGCCCCAAAGUCAGAGCCCAACAUUCCCCAGUUAGAGAGAGAGGGUACACCCCAAGGGCUAAUCUGUGGUUCUUCCUGCGUGACCACGGGGAAGACAUGGGGAGGUGGGAUGGGAAACCCACUUCUGUCCUGGCAGCACGGGUCCGUCAACUCAAGGAGGGAAACUCUAACCGGGGGAGUUCCACCAAGGUGAAGGUAGCCUCAACCUCCCAUGACCAAGCUUUUGGGUACGAUCUGUCAGAUCCCCUUGAAGGGACCUCUAGUAUGUAUACCCAGGAGAGGAAUAAUAACCAGUGUUAGAGGGGCCCUGCCUCUAGCCAGGGAGAGGCACGGGAAAACCGGAUCUUCUGGACGGUGUGGAUCCGAUGGCCUGGCACAUCAGAGCCACAAAAAUACGAUGCCCUAGUUGAUACUGGUGCGCAGUGUACCCUGAUACCAUCGGGACAUGUGGGGGCAGAGCCUGUUUCUAUUGCUGGUGUGACAGGGGGAUCACAGCAAUUGACCCUGGUGGAAGCCGAGGUGAGCCUGACUGGGAAGGAGUGGCAGAAACAUCCUAUAGUGACUGGCCCAGAGGCCCCGUGUAUUCUGGGCAUAGACUUCCUCCGGAACGGCUAUUACAAAGACCCAAAGGGACUCAGGUGGGCUUUUGGCAUAGCUGCUGUAGAGGCAGGGGACAUUAAGCAAUUGAACACCUUGCCUGGACUGUCAGAAAACCCGUCUGCAGUAGGACUCCUGAGGGUGGAAGAGCAACUCGUGCCAAUUGCGACCUCGACACUGCACCGCCGGCAGUAUCGGAUGGAUCGAGAUGCCGUGAUCCCCAUCCACAGAAUGAUUCGUGAGCUGGAGAGCCAAGGGGUGGUCAGCAAAACCCACUCACCCUUCAACAGCCCCAUCUGGCCUGUGCGCAAAUCUGACGGAGAAUGGAGAUUGACUGUGGACUAUUGUGCCUUGAAUGAAGUGACUCCACCGCUGAGCGCCGCUGUACCGGAUAUGCUGGAACUCCAGUACGAGCUGGAGUCCAAGGCAGCGAAGUGGUAUGCCACUAUUGAUAUUGCUAAUGCGUUUUUCUCCAUUCCUCUGGCAGCAGAAUGCAGGCCUCAGUUUGCUUUCACCUGGAGGGGCGUGCAGUACACCUGGAACCGACUGCCCCAGGGGUGGAAACGCAGUCCCACUAUCUGCCAUGGACUGAUCCAGGCUGCACUGGAAAAGGGUGAGGCUCCAGAACACCUGCAGUACAUCGAUGACAUCAUUGUGUGGGGGAACACAGCGGCAGAAGUGUUUGAGAAAGGUAAGAGGAUCAUCCAGAUACUGCUAGAAUCUGGCUUUGCCAUCAAGAAGAGCAAAGUCAAGGGACCUGCCCGAGAAAUCCAGUUCCUGGGAGUGAAAUGGCAAGAUGGACGGCGCCAGAUUCCCACUGAGGUCAUCAACAAGAUCACCGCUAUGUCCCCACCAACCAGCAAGAAGGAAACACAAGCUUUCCUAGGUGCCAUAGGUUUUUGGAGGAUGCACAUUCCCGAGUAUAGCCAGAUUGUGAGCCCUCUUUACCUGGUUACCCGCAAAAAGAACGAUUUCCACUGGGGCCCUGAGCAGCAACAAGCCUUCACCCAGAUCAAGCAGGAGAUCGCUCAUGCUGUAGCCCUUGGCCCAGUCAGAACGGGACCAGAAGUCAAAAAUGUGCUCUACUCUGCAGCCGGGAACAAUGGUUUGUCCUGGAGCCUUUGGCAGAAGGUGCCUGGUGAGACUCGAGGUCGACCAUUGGGAUUCUGGAGCCGAAGUUUCAAAGGGUCCGAAGCCAACUACACCCCAACAGAGAAGGAAAUCUUGGCUGCCUAUGAAGGAGUUCAAGCCGCCUCAGAGGUGAUUGGCACGGAAGCACAACUCCUCCUGGCACCCCGACUACCAGUGCUGGGGUGGAUGUUCAAAGGAAAGGUUCCUACUACCCACCACGCCACCGACGCCACAUGGAGCAAAUGGAUUGCCCUCAUCACCCAGCGCGCCCGUAUUGGAAACCUGAAUCGCCCUGGGAUUUUAGAGAUAAUUACGAACUGGCCAGAAGGUGAAAACUUUAGUCUCACUGACGAUGAGGAGCAGGUACAAGCGACAAGAGCUGAAGAAGCUCCACCCUAUAACCAACUACCAGCAGAGGAAACACACUACGCUCUUUUCACUGACGGUUCUUGUCGCAUCGUAGGGAUGAACCGGAAGUGGAAAGCAGCCAUAUGGAGCCCCACACGACAGGUUGCACAAGCUACCGAAGGAGAAGGUGGAUCGAGCCAACUUGCUGAACUCAAGGCCGUUCAGCUGGCCCUGGACAUUGCUGAAAGGGAGAGGUGGCCAAAGCUCUACCUUUAUACUGAUUCAUGGAUGGUAGCCAAUGCUCUAUGGGGCUGGCUGGGAAGGUGGAGAAAAGCCAACUGGCAACGUAAAGGAAAACCAAUCUGGGCUGCUGAUAUAUGGAAAGACAUUGCCUCUCGGGUGGAGAAACUAACGGUGAAAGUCCGUCAUGUAGAUGCCCAUGUCCCCAAAAGUCGGGCUAAUGAGGAACACCGAAACAACGAGCAGGUAGAUCAGGCAGCGAGAAUAGAAGUGUCAAAGAUAGACUUAGAUUGGCACCAUAAGGGGGAGUUGUUCCUGGCUAGAUGGGCUCACGAUGCCUCGGGUCAUCAGGGCAGAGAUGCCACCUACAAGUGGGCACGAGACCGAGGGGUGGAUCUAACCAUGGACAGUAUUUCCCAGGUUAUCCACGACUGUGAGACAUGUGCUGCCAUCAAACAGGCCAAGCGGGUGAAGCCCCUGUGGUAUGGGGGGCGGUGGUCCAAGUACAAGUAUGGGGAGGCCUGGCAGAUUGACUACAUCACACUGCCCCAGACACGCCAAGGCAAGCGCUACGUGCUGACCAUGGUGGAAGCCACCACUGGAUGGCUAGAGAUCUACCCUGUACCUCAUGCCACUGCCCGGAACACCAUCUUAGGCCUGGAAAAGCAAGUCCUAUGGAGACAUGGCACACCUGAAAGGAUUGAAUCUGACAACGGCACCCAUUUCAAGAACGGCCUUAUCAACACCUGGGCCAGAGAACAUGGUAUCGAAUGGAUAUAUCAUAUCCCCUAUCAUGCUCCAGCUGCUGGCAAAGUUGAACGGUGCAACGGACUCCUUAAGACUACCCUGAAGGCACUUGGUGGGGGAACAUUUAGAAACUGGGAAAAUAACCUAGCAAAAGCAACCUGGAUGGUCAACACCCGAGGGUCCAUCAAUCAAGCUGGCCCUGCCCAGUCUGAACCCUUGCACACAAUAGAUGGAGAUAAAGUCCCUGUGGUACAUAUGAAGGGUAUUUUAGGGAAAGCUGUCUGGAUUAAUCCCACCUCAGGCAGAGACAAACCCAUCCGUGGGAUUGUUUUUGCUCAAGGACCUGGUUACACUUGGUGGGUAAUGCAGAAAGAUGGGGAAACCCGUUGUGUACCACAGGGAAACCUGGUCUUAAGUGAAAACUGAGUAUAAGAUUUCAUUGUGACACAGAUGGAAAUAGAAUAAGGGGUGGAUAAUGUCCUGGCUUGUAAAAUAAGCAUGUAUUCUAUUUUGCCAUCUGUUGGGGGUUAGGCAGUUUUUUCUUAUCUCUUUCAAGAACAAUGACACUGCCCGGAAGAUAAUAUCCUGCUAAUGGGCUAUAUAAUGUCCUGGCUUGUAAAAUAAGCAUGUAUUCUUUUUUGCCAUCUGUUGGGGGUUAGGCAGUUUUUCUUAUCUCUUUCAAGAACAAUGACUCUGCCAGGAAGAUAAUGUCCUGCUAAUGGGCUAUUGAAUUACUCAUUGUGGCUGGUAAGAUUAGUUACAUCAUCCCAUUGGGAGAUGCUCCACCCAGAGGGAGGAGCCAAGCAUCCCUGCCACCAUAAAACAAGCAUUUCCGAGACCACAGACAGCCUUCUUCGCUGGAUUUCUGAGAGGAAUCAGGAACCGAGGCCCAGCUGCUCCUUCGCCGCAUUUUCGGAAGGGAUCUACACCCUUCUGCAGAUCGCCGCUCCAGGAGGAGCAGCCACCUUUUGGCUGGACUGCUAUCAGCACCCUGACUUCUCAGGGUGCCAGGUUUUUCUCACUCUGCCAGUGGUUGUUUUGCUUGUGUUAAAUUACAUUGUUAUUUAGUUGUUUGUUUUUUUUUCUUCCAGUAAAGAACUGUUAUUCCCGUUCCCAUAUCUUUGCCUGAGAGCCCCUUUUUAAUUCUGAAGUUGUGAUAAUUCGGAGGGAGGGGGUUUACCUUCUCCAUUUCACAGGAGGCUUUUGCCUUCCUUCACAGGCUCCUGUCUUUUCAAACCAAGACACCCAACCUCAGCACUAAAGCAAAUCCUACAUUUAACCUUAACCCAAAUCCCAGCUGUAAUCCAAAUCUCAGCCCUAAUCCAUCCCCAGCCCCAAUUCCAGUCCCUUCCUAAAUCCUCAGCUCCAAACCAAAUCCCACCUUUUGUCUUACCUGCAAUCCCAGCUGCAAUUCCAUCCCCUGCCCCAGCCUCCAGCUGUAACCCAGAUCCCACGUUCUGUCCUAACUCCAAACCUAGCCCCAAAUCCAACUCUAACCCUAUUAUAUUAUCCUCCUCGAGCCAGGUCUAAUAAACUCUCAGAUAGCUUAUAGAUAGCUCAGCUACCUGUGGAGGCAUAGAAAUAAGCAGGAUGGCUUCUGCUGCAGUGUUGGAAACAAAAAGGUUUAAUAAAAGGCAAAAUAACAAACAGAAAAAAAACUAGUCAGGUGCAAGACAUCUUGCUCCUAGUAAAACACCUCACAAAAGCCAUUAGUUCCUUUGUUCUCUUCUUUUUCUACCCAAUUGUUCAGGUGGGACUUUUUGGCUUCUAUCCAAGUAGCUACCCUUAAGCUUGAGGUUAAGUUUCCAAGGUCCUAUGAGGUGGCUUUUCACCUAAUCAA